CAUUGGCGUGUGGAAAAUGCCACCAGAUGGCGGGUUAGGAUUGCAGCUCCGUUGAAGGCGCGGCCCCCGCUCCCGAACCCCCGGCGACCACCCCGUAACAACCCCCCCACAUCAGGAAUAACACACCGGAGACUUUUGGGGGGAAACUAGGUCGACGGCCGGCGGCGCCCGGAUGGGCAGCUGAGGAUCGCCUUGAGGUUGUUUCAGUAGUUUUCCGUUGUACAGCACUUAAGAAUUUUCCUGCAUCGUGGAACAACCUCUCCAGCAAUGAUUACCUCAGAGUUGCCAGUGUUACAGGAUUCAACUAACGAAACUACUGCCCAUUCUGAUGCUGGUAGCGAACUUGAAGAAACAGAGAUCAAAGGAAAAAGGAAAAGGGGUCGUCCUGGCCGGCCUCCAUCUACAAAUAAGAAACCUCGAAAGUCUCCAGGAGAGAAGAGCAGAAUUGAAGCUGGAGUUCGAGGGCCGGGCCGGGGAAGAGCUAAUGGGCAUGCGCAGCAGAACGGCGAAGGGGAGCCUGUCACACUGUUUGAGGUGGUCAAACUGGGGAAAAGUGCGAUGCAGUCCGUGGUGGAUGACUGGAUUGAAUCAUAUAAACAAGACAGGGACAUCGCACUUCUGGAUUUAAUCAACUUUUUUAUCCAGUGUUCAGGAUGUCGAGGUACUGUGAGAAUAGAGAUGUUUCGAAAUAUGCAGAAUGCAGAAAUCAUCAGAAAAAUGACUGAAGAAUUUGAUGAGGACAGUGGUGAUUACCCUCUUACCAUGCCUGGACCGCAGUGGAAAAAAUUCCGUUCCAAUUUUUGUGAGUUUAUUGGAGUCCUGAUUCGACAGUGUCAGUACAGCAUAAUUUACGAUGAGUACAUGAUGGACACGGUCAUCUCCCUCUUGACUGGUUUGUCAGACUCCCAGGUCAGAGCCUUUAGGCACACAAGCACGCUUGCUGCCAUGAAACUCAUGACUGCCCUGGUGAAUGUCGCCUUAAACCUCAGUAUUCAUCAGGACAACACACAGCGGCAGUAUGAAGCCGAGAGGAAUAAAAUGAUUGGGAAGAGAGCCAAUGAACGACUGGAGCUGCUGCUGCAGAAACGCAAAGAGCUGCAAGAAAAUCAGGAUGAAAUUGAAAAUAUGAUGAACUCUAUUUUUAAGGGUAUAUUUGUUCAUAGAUACCGUGACGCUAUUGCUGAGAUUAGAGCCAUUUGUAUUGAAGAAAUCGGAGUGUGGAUGAAGAUGUACAGUGAUGCCUUCCUGAACGACAGUUAUCUGAAAUAUGUUGGCUGGACUCUUCACGACAGGCAAGGGGAAGUCAGGCUCAAGUGCUUGAAAGCUCUCCAGAGUCUGUACACCAACAGAGAGUUAUUCCCCAAAUUGGAACUGUUCACCAACCGAUUCAAGGAUCGCAUUGUAUCAAUGACACUUGAUAAAGAAUAUGAUGUUGCUGUGGAAGCUAUUCGAUUGGUUACUCUGAUACUUCAUGGCAGUGAAGAAGCCCUUUCUAAUGAGGACUGCGAAAAUGUUUACCACUUGGUGUACUCAGCACAUCGCCCUGUCGCAGUGGCAGCCGGAGAGUUCCUUCACAAAAAAUUGUUUAGCAGACAUGAUCCACAAGCUGAAGAAGCAUUAGCAAAAAGAAGGGGAAGGAACAGUCCGAAUGGGAACCUCAUAAGGAUGCUCGUUCUGUUCUUUCUGGAAAGUGAGUUACAUGAGCAUGCGGCCUACUUGGUGGACAGCUUGUGGGAGAGCUCUCAAGAAUUGUUGAAAGACUGGGAGUGUAUGACGGAGUUGCUGUUAGAGGAACCUGUUCAAGGAGAGGAAGCAAUGUCUGAUCGCCAAGAGAGUGCUCUUAUAGAGCUAAUGGUUUGUACAAUUCGCCAAGCUGCUGAGGCACAUCCUCCAGUGGGAAGGGGUACCGGCAAGAGAGUGCUAACUGCCAAAGAAAGAAAAACUCAAAUUGAUGAUAGAAACAAGUUGACUGAGCAUUUUAUCAUCACGCUGCCCAUGCUUCUGUCGAAGUAUUCUGCGGAUGCAGAGAAGGUAGCAAACUUACUACAAAUUCCACAGUAUUUUGAUCUGGAAAUCUAUAGCACAGGCAGAAUGGAAAAGCAUUUGGAUGCUUUAUUAAAACAGAUUAAAUUUGUUGUGGAGAAACACGUAGAAUCAGAUGUUCUGGAAGCCUGCAGUAAGACGUACAGCAUCCUGUGCAGUGAGGAGUACACCAUCCAGAACAGGGUGGACAUCGCUCGCAGCCAGCUGAUUGACGAGUUUGUGGAUCGAUUCAAUCACUCUGUGGAGGACCUGCUGCAGGAGGGAGAAGAAGCUGAUGACGACGACAUUUACAACGUGCUUUCCACUUUGAAGCGGCUAACUUCCUUUCACAAUGCUCAUGAUCUCACAAAAUGGGAUCUGUUUGGUAAUUGCUACAGAUUGUUGAAGACUGGAAUUGAACAUGGAGCUAUGCCAGAACAGAUAGUCGUACAGGCACUGCAGUGUUCCCAUUACUCCAUUCUGUGGCAGUUGGUGAAAAUUACUGAUGGCUCUCCUUCCAAAGAUGUUCUGAUUCAUGCUCACAAAGCUAAAUGUGUCUCACAGGAGGAUUUGUUGGUGUUGAGGAAAACGGUCAAAUCCUUUCUGGCUGUGUGCCAGCAGUGCCUGUCAAAUGUUAACACGCCAGUGAAGGAGCAGGCUUUCAUGUUGCUCUGUGAUCUGUUGAUGAUUUUUAGCCACCAGUUAAUGACGGGUGGCAGAGAGGGCCUUCAGCCGUUGGUGUUCAAUCCAGACCCUGGGCUUCAGUCAGAGCUCCUCAGCUUCGUGAUGGACCACGUGUUCAUUGACCAGGAUGAAGAGAACCAGAGCAUGGAGGGUGAUGAAGAAGAUGAAGCUAAUAAAAUUGAGGCCUUACAUAAGAGAAGGAACCUGCUGGCUGCCUUCAGCAAGCUCAUCAUCUACGACAUAGUGGACAUGCACGCGGCCGCGGACAUCUUCAAGCACUACAUGAAGUAUUACAAUGAUUAUGGUGAUAUCAUUAAGGAAACACUGAGUAAAACCAGACAGAUUGACAAAAUUCAGUGUGCCAAAACCCUUAUUCUCAGUUUGCAGCAGUUGUUUAAUGAACUUGUCCAAGAGCAAGGCCCCAACCUUGACAGGACCUCUGCCCAUGUCAGUGGCAUUAAGGAACUGGCCCGUCGAUUUGCUCUGACAUUUGGACUUGACCAGAUCAAGACAAGAGAAGCAGUUGCGACACUUCACAAGGAUGGCAUCGAAUUUGCCUUUAAAUAUCAGAAUCAGAAAGGACAAGAGUACCCACCUCCUAACCUGGCUUUUCUCGAAGUACUGAGUGAAUUUUCUUCAAAACUUCUUCGGCAAGACAAAAAGACUGUUCACUCGUACCUGGAGAAGUUCCUGACCGAGCAGAUGAUGGAAAGGAGAGAAGAUGUUUGGCUUCCACUCAUCUCCUACAGAAAUUCACUGGUCACUGGUGGUGAGGACGACAGAAUGUCGGUCAACAGCGGAAGCAGCAGCAGCAAAACUUCCUCAGUAAGGAACAAGAAAGGACGACCCCCACUUCACAAAAAGCGAGUGGAAGAUGAGACUCUGGAGAGCACGUGGCUAAACAGGACUGACACCAUGAUUCAGACGCCCGGCCCCCUGCCAGCACCCCAGCUCACGUCCACCGUGCUGCGGGAGAACAACAGGCCGAUGGCAGAGCAGAUCCAGGAGCCCGAGUCGGAGCAUGGCUCGGAGCCCGACUUCUUACACAAUCCUCAGAUGCAGAUCUCUUGGUUAGGCCAGCCGAAAUUAGAAGACUUAAAUCGGAAGGACAGAACAGGAAUGAACUACAUGAAAGUGAGAACUGGAGUAAGGCAUGCUGUCCGGGGUCUCAUGGAGGAGGACGCCGAGCCCAUCUUCGAAGACGUGAUGAUGUCAUCCCGGAGCCAGUUAGAAGAUAUGAAUGAAGAAUUUGAAGAUACCAUGGUCAUUGAUCUGCCCCCAUCAAGAAACCGGCGAGAGCGAGCGGAGCUGAGGCCAGACUUCUUUGACUCUGCAGCUAUCAUAGAAGACGAUUCAGGAUUUGGAAUGCCUAUGUUCUGAAGUCUGAAGAAAAUUUACCAAUCUGGAACUCUAUUGUUAGAGCUAGAGGCCUAUAUACUGUGAUAGCUUGUAUGGGGGAAAAACACUUUUGGUGUGAUCUGAUUGUUUUCAUCAAAUGAGUAAGGUCAGUCCCUUUGCAGUGACAGAAGAGGAACAUGUACGCCAGCCACGAGCACGCUGGAGCGUGUCACCUCGGGAGGCUGACCUGAGAGAGGGUGUGGGUCGCAGCGGUAGACCCAGCCCAUAGAGAUGUGUUUUUCUGGAGGGAGGAAGAAAUUUUAAAUUUUUAAAACAGCUGUCAAGAUAAUUACACUGUUAUACACCUGUUUUAUGAAAACUCAGCAUUGAGUAAAAAAAAUAUUUUUAACUUUAUUUUCCUGUUGUACAAUUUAAAAACUGUUUUAACAUUUUGCCUUUUUAUGUUUUAAAAGCUAACCAUUUUUAUUAAACCUAUGAGUAAGCAGCUCAUCCUAACUGCAGAGUGUGUUGGAGCUCACUGGCUCUGGGCGGCCUCGUGCCUCACAGGUGCGGAGGAAGCACCGACGAGCUGCGAGAUGUGAUCGCGUGCGUAUCUGCCAAAAACCACACCCCUCUGGAUACGGAUCCCCGGGUUUUAUACUCUUGAAUAAAAAGGUUUAUUUUUAUUUAUAAGUGGACAUAAGUGUCCAUGCAGCCAUUUUCCAACAGAUGCUGUACACUGUUCAUUUUAUAUAGAAUAGGGAGAUUCAGAUACAGUGCAUUUUCUAUUGGUAUUUGUUCUGUGCAUUUUUAGCAACUUCUACCAGCAAAUAAAGUAUUCUCAGUAAAACAAAAAUGGUUCUCCAGUUAUCAGUUUGCUGUUUUACCACCUGUUUCAUGCCCUGCCAAAUUCCAACUAUAUAGACUUGCGUUUUCUUACAAAGAUAAUCAUGAAUUCUUUGCCAUUUGAUAGUAAUUUUAAGUGUAACAUAACUGUGUCUACUUCCCUUGCAUUUAAUGUCCUUAUCCACUACUUUUGCGAAUUAAGUUUAUCAGUUAUUUCUGUGCUACAUAGAAGUCUGUCCUUAGAGGGUGCAGCUCCCAAGCUCACCUUAAGACACUGCGACAUUUCCGUGUUAAUGAGAAGUCGUCUUUGGAGGAAGCAUCUUCAUGACCGUCUGGUGGCUCAGCAUCGCACUCCGCUUCGGCGCUCCCGACCUGCACAGGUCCCUGCGGCCUGAGCAGUUUCUCCCGUUCUGCUGUUUUGGAGGAAGCCUCAGACUGCACAGCAGUGCAUCCACAGCUGAUUCUAGGCUGGUUUUUAAAAUAACUGCAAACAAUCAUGAGGCUUUCCUUUUUACUAAAACUGAAAAACAUCUUUUUAAAUUCUGGUGCACCCGUGAUUAUCUUUUGUGUAGAAAAGGCAAAUAGAUGAUUUUAUCAUCCUUUUAGUAAACAGGCACAAAACAUUUUACUCAAAAUUUGUACAAUUCUUUCUGAAAAAAAACUUGGUCGCUAAAAAUGUUUUAUGUGCUCUCAGUAAUUCCUAGGAUCCAGUUAGGGGAGUAGGAGGUCUCAUCUCUCCCAGUAACGUGGGCUUCACUGUUGUGAGGGGCAAGGAACGCGGGACUGUCCAUCCCAGCCCUGUCUGCCUGUGGCCCUGGCGGGGCAGCAGCCCUGAGGAGCCAUGCGCGGCAGCUCGGCCCUCUGACAGUCUGUGAAAACCAGUGUUGACUUAGAAUCACAGACUACCAGGCAACAGCAGCAAAGGCCUAAUAGUACUCCAGUGGGUUUCCAGUUCAGUCUGAAGUCAGAUUUUGUAUUUUCAGUGUCUCCUUGAUUGGUUUUGCUAGUAAUUCUGUAAAUUGUACAUUUGCAAUAUGAGGUUUUUUUUUUUUUCCUUUUGUACAAUUUGAAACUGAUGCUUCAUGUUUCCUUUAAUAAACUAUUCAAACUCA